AAAACCAAAACAUGGCCAAGAUGGCGGCGUCCGUGGUGGAGACUGGAGAGGAUGCGUUCAGAAAAAUAUUCAAGUUGUACAAGCGCAAAAACCCUCCGCCGGAUUUUGGCGAUGUUAUUGAUUUUUCCAAAUGCGUGACGAAUGAUAAGCAGAUAGUUCCAGUGAAACUAGAGCCAGCUGUGGUGAGUGAUGGAGAUGCUGCCAAGGUUGGACUACAUCCUGUCAAAGACUGGAGAGCGUACAACUUGCAGGGCUACCCAGGGUUCAUAUUCAUCACAAACCCGUUUCUUAGCGGCUCGCAGCCCUUCUGGAUUCGACAGUGUUUGAAGAUUUACCCUCAGAAGCCAAAUGUCUGCAACCUAGACAUGCACAUGUCUCCCACUGAUACUCAGGAUAUCUGGGCCAAGAGUUUACACAACCUCAGUUGUCCUUCUGUUGGAAAAAGAGAGCCUAGAACCCUGUUAGAGAGGCUGCGCUGGGUCACCUUGGGCUAUCAUUACAACUGGAAUAGCAAGACCUACUCUGCAAAUCACCACACUCCAUUUCCAGCUGAGCUCCACAUCUUGUCUGGCCAAAUAGCAACUGCUUGCGGCUUCCCGGGUUUCAAUGCAGAGGCUGGGAUCCUGAACUACUACAGGUCGGAUUCCUCUUUAGGAAUCCAUGUGGAUGAAUCUGAAUUAGAUCAUAGCCGACCGUUGCUGUCUUUCAGUUUUGGCCAGUCAGCAGUCUUCCUCCUUGGCGGCACGCAAAGACAGGACGCUCCCACCGCCAUGUACAUGCACAGCGGGGAUCUGAUGGUCAUGUCUGGACAGAGCCGCCUUCUUUAUCACGCAGUGCCUCGCAUUGUCCAGGCACACCAGGAAGUGGCAGGUCUUGGGACUGAUCGAUGCAGUUUGCAGGGCAGUGCUGUGGUGGAGCAGGUAUCGGAAGAGGACUGGGCUGUAUGCUCCAGGUACAUUCAUAGUUCUAGGAUUAACAUCACUGUAAGACAGGUACUCGGUCAAGGGCAGAGCUUCCCAGAAACACCUCCUGUUCCUGGCAACAAAGAGGAGGACCAAGCAGAAGAAGACUGUUCGAAAAGAAGACGUAAAAGUGACUCAUUUAUGACUGAAGAGACCUGAUAUAGACUUUGCAAGGACAUUUAUUUAUAUUGUUUACAAAAAGUGUCCUUUUUGUAAACUUUCCAAGGCUCAAAAUAAGAACGAGGUCAUAGGUUUUGAGAGUUUUCAGCAUUCAGUUGAAUAAGUAAGAGUGGUAAUACUUUUUUUCACAAUAGUAUUAUAAGACUGUCAUAAUUAUGACAUGUCACAUGACAGCGACUAAUUCCCUUUAUGUCCAGUCUGCAUCUUUUUAAUCCAUUCAAAAGUGAGAUAAUUUGCCGGAUGACACUUAAUGACAUCUGUCAUUCAUUAACGCUCAUGACAGUGUCAGUUCAUAAUUAUGAUGGUCAUAUAACAGUGCUAUGACGCCAAGGGUGUAUUAUUUAAAUUAAACAGGAUUAUUUAAUAUUUGUCAAAGAAGCAAAAAAAAAAGCUUAAUUCUGCUGCUGUGGGAAAAAAUAUUCUGUGACAUGGUUUUCAUGAGUUUAGAUCACACUGAAUACAUUUAAAGAAUUAUUUUGUGAUAUUUCAAAGAACCAGGUGACUAUAUUUUGUGAGAUUCAGUAUGUAAAACAAUAUAUCAUAAAACUAUGAAAAUAAACAUUUCUAUUGCAAAUC